AAUAUUAUGUUACGAGACAUAAUUUUUAUUAUUAUUGUAUUAUUAUACUAUUAUUAUACUAUUAUUAUAAAUGAUAACACUUAAAACUACAUUUCUAAUAUAUAUUUAUAUCAUGAAAUAAUAAUUUAGAUAGUAUUUAAACAAUGAAUUAUUGUCUAAAUACUUAGGGCGAACGGUCAAGCCAGGGGUCUAUUUUUAAAAUCGCACUAAUCAUUUGAUAACAUUUUUGUACACUAAUUGUUUAAACAAAUUUUGACUGCACUAAUUAAUAAUUGUAUUUUUGAAUCUUAUAUUUUUUUGAUUUUCUCUUAAUGUGAAGACUAUAUUAUGAUACACUGAACUAUACAUUAUAUUCUUCAUAUUCAUACUUGAUAGUUGAUAACAAAGUCGACUGAAAAGAAUUUUCAACUUUAAAUUUAAUAAAACGAUGAUGUAUAUAAUGUUUAUAUAGUAUAAACUACCUUUUUUGUUUUAAUAGUAGGUUAAGUAUUGUAAAUUGUAUAGUCUACAUAUCUUAUUAAACAUAAUUUUAUUUUAAUGUUGAUCUAGACAUUUUUAAAAUUAUUUAUAAUUUUUAGUGCCUAUUAUAGGUAAUUAUACUUAUUGUAUUUUUUAGAUACUUUUAUUGAGUUUUCUGGAGUAAAAUAUAUUUUAAUAAUUUUAAAAUUAUAAGUUUAACAAUUUUAUUAUAUUUAGGACUGAGUUAUAAUGGAUUCCGAGGUGCCAUCACUAUAAGUAAUUCGAAGACCAUUUAUAAUUCAAGGAAACGCUGAUUUUACGAGUGCCAAAAUGAGUGCUACUAAAUUGACUGAACUAGUAAAUGAUGCCGAGAUGCGUUUAACAAAUGAUGGGAAAGAUUUUAUUUUAGGUAUUUAUACGAUGGUGGCAAUAGAAUUAAGAACUAGUGAAUAUAAUAAAUGUGUUAAUAAUUACAUUAUAGGGUAUGGCUAUUACGAAGAUAGAAUUGUGGUACUUGGAACAAUAGAAUUUUUACGAAAAUUGUGUUCUACCGACACAGUAUUUAUGAGCAGCUACAACAUUAAAUUGGAAUCACAAUUAUUCAGGCAUUUAUAUACUUUGCACUGCUUUGUUGACGAAAAACUUGUACCAAUGGUAUACGCACUGUUAUUUAAUAAUAAUAAGAGAGCAUACCUGAGAAUGUUUCAAAUCAUUAAGGAUACUUCUCAUAUCAAUAAUUUGAAGUUUAAUCCCAGUAACUUUUACAUUGAUGUGGAUUUGAAUAUCAUACCCACUAUUGAAGAAAUGUUUGGGUUACAUAAGACGAUCAUUAAAUUAUCUUUAUACUACUACGCAAAUAUCAUAUGGCAUAAAGUUAUAAGCUUAGGGCUAUCACAUAAUGACGAUUAUAAUAUAGAAAAAACAAUACGUCGUAUGUGUUAUCUUGCAUUGAUCCCUCUUGAACAUAUCGGAGAAAUCUGGACUAAAAUAAAAAAUGAAGCACCUCAGAACGAAAAUUUAUUAGAACUCAUAAGCUAUAUUACUGACACAUUUAUAAUUUAUAAUGGACGUGUAUUAAAUACAGCUGUAUGGAAUCAUUACGACACAGACAAUAUAAAAUCUAUAAGCUACCUAGAUGGAUUUAGCGACUUUAUUGACGCAAAUAUUAAGAAUUCAAAUCUGAGCGCUAUAGAUUGCAUUAUUAAAUUGAAAAAUAUGCAACAAGACUUCGAGAUGGAAAUUUUGACUCCAAAAAAAUCCAAAGUAGUCUCAAAGAUUCCCAAAAAGUACAAGUUCUUAGAAGCAAAAUUUAACCAUGCAAAAGAAAAGCUUGAAAAUGGAACAAUUUCUGCAAUAGAAUACCUGGAUGAAAUAAUUUAAAAUGUUCAUACGACCAUCAUAUUAAAAACAAAAGUGAUCCAUAAAGUAGCUAUCUAUUCAACUUGGUUUUAUUAAUACAUUAAUUUAUAACAUUGCAGUGUGUGUAUUUUUAAUUAAAUUGAUUAGUACUCCAAAAAUGAUGAGUCCAAUAGAUAUCCAAGAGUUUUUAUUAUUAUUAUCAAAUAUUUCCAAAAAUAGUAGGACAAAUCUGUCUUAUAUAUUUUGAAAAAAUUAAAAACUUAAUAUUAUUACCAUAAUUUGAUAUUUUAAUACAAAAUACAUUAAAUACAAUUUAAAUAGUUUUUAUGAGAUUUCAAAAGCUUGUGUCACAAUUUGUUUUUUAAUGGCUAUUUGUAGGCAAUUUUAUUAAUAGAAUUACUACGUUGAAAAUGCAAUAAAAUUGUUUAUUAUAAUUUUUGAAAUUAAAAAAAACGCAGUCACUAUUUAUGUGAUUCACAUAGGUACUAAUUUAAAAAAGUAGAUUCACUGAGUUAAGUCAAUAUCUUUUUCUAUAUUAACUUAUUGAGUUAAAUUUAUAAUUUGUUAUCUGUUAACUUUUAACUUAUCGGUCAUAUUAUGUCCUCUUAACUUAACUUGAAUUAAUUAUUUUCAUUAACUUGUCCACCUUUGUAUAAAUGUAACCUACGCCUACCUAGCUCUAACGGAUGUCGGUUUCACGUAACUUUAUAACUUUAUAACAUAACGCUUGCAUUAUUUCGAUAUAUGUAGUUUGAAAAUAUUAUUGUGCAUAGUAAAAUAUAAGGAGUUACGAAUAAUAUUUUUUGAAUUACAACAAAAUAACUAAAAAAACUACUUAUAAUAUGUCAAAUUUGUCGUCGAAUAUUCUAACUUUGACUGGUGACAAUGUGGAAAAUAUUGAUUUUUUAAAUACAGAGUUUUCUGUUAAGGUUUUACGAAUUAUAACAUAUACUAAAGUAAUAAGAGUUAGUUAAUAUAAAAAUAGAGAAAUAAGAAUAAAUUAUGAAAGUUUUUUUUUUUAGUUUUUAUAUUUUGUAUUUUUAUUUUUUUAAAUAUUAUCAUGAAUUUUAUUUUGAUUUAUUUUAAUUGUUGUAAAUU